UGGGCAAUAAGGUGUUCAUUUUGAAUAAAAGCCAACUAUGGGCUUAAAUUCCUACAACUAACACUUUCUCCACCCUUGUGAUUGUUUCUGGAUUAUAUUUAGCAUAAUGGCAAACAAACCAACUCUGCCAGAUGCCCUUGCAGUCAUGGUGGACAUUUUUCACGAAUACGCAAGCAAGGAAGGAAAUGCACAUUCACUGAAUAAAGGAGAGUUUAAAGCCUUGAUCAAUUCACAGUUCCCACAUGUGUUUGAGAAUUCUACAGACAAAGAAGGAAUACAGAAACUCAUGAAUAAUCUGGAUAGUGACAGGAGUGGUGAAAUUGAUUUCUCAGAGUACAUGACCUUCCUAGCCUCAUUGGCAGUAAUGUGCAAUGAACACCUUCUUGAAAGCAAGAAAGGGUGCCAGAAGCCAUGCAAGUAAAUGAAAAACAAUACAAAGUAUUCCUUUUUCAGCUGUUUUGUAUUUUGAUAAUCAUUAAUAAGAAAUUCAAAUAAAAGGCCAUUAUAACUUC